GGCUCGGAUCCACCUCCGACUUGCCGGAUUUCUCAAGCAACAAAGCGCUUCUCUCCACCAACGCUGCGCAAUCUCAAUUGCCCGUCGCGCAACAGCUCCAUUGUUACAGUAACUGAAGCUCUUUCAUCUGAGCUCCGACCCCGAAAUCCCGGGACUCCAUACCUCACUUACAGCUCCGGAAGAAACUCCGCAUCUUCGGCACCGCCACCGGCACCAGCACCGGCACCAGCCCGGGAUUACCUCACACAAAAUGGCCGAGACAGAAACACCAGCUCUCUCGGUUGAGUCAAACCCAAACACCCCAAAGCACGUCAAGGACAAAAAGUGCCCUUGGUGCGGCCAACCAUUCACUUCAUCCUCCCUUGGCCGCCAUCUCGACCUCUACGUCAGACCUAAUAAUCCCAAAAAGCCUGACGGCAUUCACGAUGUCAUGGCUAUCAGACGCCUUCGCGGAACGAUAACUAGGAGGAGAACCAAGGGUACCUCCAGGCGACGAGACGCCUCAGCAUCUGCUGCCGGCAGUGCGACACCGGGAGCACCCUCCAAGGAUGGCAUCAGUCCUGCCCCCUCCGAUGUCGUCCAAUCUCCGGCUCCGACUCCCGCCGCCACCCAGAGCAACCGGGGAAGUGUGAGAACGCCGUUUGGGAGGAAUUACCCCUUCAACACCCCUUGGGAGGCCACCGGGGUUAUUGACUUAACCCAAAGAAGCAACGGCGUUGCUUCACAUCCAGAAGAGAGGCAGGCUCUCCCAGAUGGCCCGAGGCCGCUGGCUCCUGUACCACCACCGCCGCCACCGCAUACGUCUUCUUUUGUCCAACAGCCUUUGCAUCACCAACCUGAUCCGAGGCAACUGAUUCAAGAUGCCCAGGAUACGGCGAGAGCGGCCGAGCUUGCCUUGCGUGAGAUCGUCGGCUCCUGGAGGGCUGCCAAGUUACAUAUCGAUGUACAUUCGAUGCCCUUUGACUUUGACCCUUUAACCCUGGAUUUCCCUGCACUCGUCCUCCAAUGCCUUGAACCACCACCCACCAUCUUCUCCUCCACCUUCUACCCAACCUCCACCUCCUGGUCCAUCCAGCCGCCCGGAUGGGACCAGUUCAAAGCCCUAGAGAACCACUUCCAGGAAGAGUUCAAGAAAUGGCGCCUCAACUGCAAGGCCGCCACGACCGCUUUCAACGAGGACCUCAGCUACCCGCCGCCCGUUAACUUCGUCAAGGUGGACAUCAAAGAAGCCAUCCGGCGCUCCGAAAGCAUCAACAAAUCCCUUGAAAAAUCCGUCGCGGAGCACCUGAAGAAGACCUUCGGCGUCUGGGAAGCCUUGAGCCAGUUCGACCGCGAAAAGAUGUGGCAGCUCGAGCUGGCGCGCAGCGUGGCCCGCAAACAAAAGGAGAUCAAUGCCCUGAAAGAGGAACAGCACCGUGUCCGGCAGGAGAACAACAACCUCAAGCAGCAGAUCGAACACCUCAACAUGCUGCAGCAGCCGCGCGAGUACAAGCUGCAGACCCCCGCCACGUUCCCCGCCGAGAAGAAGCUGAUCGAUUACAUGUCUGAGCUGAUGGUCGUUCAUAAAGUCUCUGGCGUGGGAAUGGAGCCUAAGGGUCGCCAUCAUGACCUUAACACCGUUUGUAAGGAGGCUAUCGAUCGCUGGAAGAAGGUGGUGCAGUCUGGUCGGCAAGGCCCACCGGCACCUCCCCAAGGACAGCAGCAGCAGCAGCAAAGACCGCAAAUAACUGGACCGCCGCCAACGCUGCCACCACCACCGCCGCCGCCGCCGCCGCCGCCUCCGAGUGUGCAACAAAAUGGGAGCAUGCACCACCAGUCCCACCACCAGCCCCAACACCAGCCUGUAUACCAGCCUGUAUCUGAACCUCAAUUUCCUCAAGCCGCGUCUGUUCCUGGUGGUGGUCCCCCCUCGCAUAAUCCUAUUCAAAACUACUACUCAGCGGUAGCAGCUGAUUACGCCGCGAGGAACUCUUCAAGCUCAUCAAACGCAGCUCCACAACAAUCUCAGCAGCAGAUGAGGGACAGGGACGAAGAUAUAGAAGCUGUGAGUGACGAUGAGGAUGAUGGUGAUGAUGGUGAGGAGGGCGAGGAAGGAGAUGAUGGCGAGGAGGACGAGGAGGAGGGAGACGACGAAGACGCCGAAAUGGCCGGCACAGAAGAGCCACAACGAUCGCACAAACAACCACAACGGCAAACUGAAGGCUCAACAGGAGGUACUGGUGGUGGUGGUGGUAGUGGCAAUGGAGCAGGCGAGCCGAUGAGCACAGACUAGAAGUCUUCUCACUCUUCUGAACGUCGGUCUCCCGGGCCUCCCAACCCAGAGCCGGGGAUUUUGGGGUGGAACACCGGCCUGCUCGGGUGGCAUGGCCCGCCGCCGCCGCCUUCCGCUCGUGGCAUUGCAGUCCG